UCAAAGACCGAUAAUUUAGCAUGCACGCAUCAUAUCAGUAUAUCUCGGCCAAAAUGCCGUGAUUUACAGGCUUAGCUAACCAUGGCAACUACGUUCAUCUUGCAUGGACGACCUUACCCGGCCGGGAGACAUAGCUAAAUGCGGGAACCCCCGCAUCUCAUCCUACACUAGGCUAGCCAACACCAGCAGGUAAGACGACGACGUGACUAUAUGAAUCCAGGGUAGCAAUAUAAGAUGCAGUCUACCCCAGAUUCGUGGGGUAGGCAGUGUCAGUUACGCUCCCGACCUCUGACUACUCUCCCAACUUUCACGACCGCAAAGCCUCGUCCAUUCCAUCACCAUGGACGUCGAAAAGCACUCUCUGGAGAAGGAUCUAGCAUGCGAGUACAUCGAAGCUACAAAUGAAACUCGCAACCCCGUCCCCGAGAUCCUGCGAAACCACACACCUGAGCAACUCACCGCUCUCGAGAAGAAGCUUGUACGGAAGAUCGACUUCCGUGCCCUACCCAUCCUGAUCGUCCUUUUCCUGCUCAACGUGCUCGAUCGAAAUGCCAUCGCCAACGCACGUCUCGGAGGUCUGGAAGCCACACUGGGUAUCGACGAUGUGGAGUAUCAGACUGCUGUCAUGGUGUUGUGGGCUGGUUACAUCUCCAUGAUGAUUCCGUCGAACAUGCUCCUCUCCAUCUUCAAGCCCAGGUUGUACCUGCCAACGGUCGUCAUUAUCUGGGGUAUCGUGUCUGGCGCUACAGGGUUCGUUCAGAACCACGCUGGGCUAGUCGCAUUGAGAUUCCUGGUCGGUGUAACGGAAGCCCCGUACUUCCCUGGAUGUAUCUUCUUCCUCUCAUGUUGGUACACAAGGAAAGAAUUACCGAGUCGUAUCGCCACUUUCUACUCUGGAUACACGCUGUCCUCGGCCUUCGGUGGAUUGAUCGCAGCGGGUAUCGUCGAUGGCAUGGAAGGUCUUGGUGGCUACCCGUCUUGGAGAUGGAUUUUCAUUCUCGAAGGGGCUCUGACGAUCGUUAUGGCUUUUGCUGGAUAUGCACUUCUUCCGAACUACCCUUCAAAUACCUCGUUCCUAUCGGCUGAGGAGACUGCUAUGGCGCAGUGGCGACUUGACCGCGAGAAUGACGGUGUGGCCGAUGAAGUGAAUGAAUCGGUCUUUGUUGGACUGAAGCAGGCUUUCUCCGAUCCGAAAGUGCCAUUACUCGUCUUAAUCCAGACAUGCGCCGUAGUAUCCAUGAGCUUCACUUACUUCUUCCCUUCCAUCGUCCAGACACUCGGCUUCCCCCGCGUGGAGACGCUCUUGCUCACAGCACCACCCUAUUUCCUGGCCUUCAUCUUCUCGGUCGCCAACUCGUGGCACUCUGGGCGCUCCGGCGAGCAUUGCUUCCACAUCGUCGCAGCAUGCGUCAUCUCCGCAGUUGGACAGAUCAUCUCCAUGUCCACAUACCAGACUGGCCCUCGCUACUUCGCCAUGUUCCUACAAGCUAUGGGAUCUUUCUCUGCUUUCCAGCUUAUCUUGCCUUGGGUUUCUGCAACGGUUGCGCGGCCGAAAGCGAAGAGGGCUGUUACACUCGCCUUGGCGACGGCUGUGUCGAAUGCGACGAAUAUUGCGACUGCUUACCUAUACCCCGCGUGGAGCGCACCCUUGUACCGCAUGGGCUGCAUUGUCUUGACAGUAGCACUCCUUUGCUGCGCAACUGCGUCACUCAUACUACGCUUCUGGCUGCAGAAGCUGAAUCGCAAAUCUGAUCAGGCUGUAGGCUUGGAAGGUGUCGCCAAUGGACCCGGCCUUCUUUUCCGCUACACUCUGUAAAUAGGCCGUAGGCAGACAUCCGGUUCAAAAUGUGUCUCCUUCU